UACCUUCUAGUCUUCAGGAACUUCAGCAUGCAACUGUGCUAUAGGGACCUCAGUGUACCCCUCUUCACAGCACAAACAAAUACGUUUGAAAAUGGAUCUGGAGGAGACACACAAAGAGGGAGAGAAUACGGAGGGGAAAAUUACUCGAGCUGCAGCUGCAAAGUUGGUGAAAAAGGCUUUUCUUGAAGCCCUGAAGUCCAAUGACUUUGAAACACUGGAAGAGCUCUUGAGCCAAAAGAAAAUAGACGUGGACACAGUGUUUGAAGUGGAAGAUGAAAACCUGAUUCUGGCAUCCUACAAACAAGGGUACUGGCUGCCUAGCUACAAAUUAAAAAUAUCCUGGGCAACUGGACUUCAUCUAGCUGUCAUGUAUGGACAUCUGGAGAGUCUUUCGGUCCUCCUCAAUCACAAAGCUACAAUCAACUGCCGGCCCAAUGGUAAAGCUGCAAUCCACGUAGCGUGUGAAAUGGCAAAUGUUGAGUGUCUCAAGAUCCUCUGCAACCACGGAGCUAAGCUGAACUGCUUUUCAAUGAGUGGACAAGCGCCUUUGCACUUCUGUACGACACGAACCUCCAUGCCUUGUGCUCAGCAGCUGGUUUGGAGAGGAGCAAAUGUGAACAUAAAAACAAACAACCAAGAUGAGGAGACUCCUCUGCACCUCGUUGCGCGUUUGGGUAUCCCGGAGCUCGUGGCCUUUUACGUGGAACAAGGAGCGCACGUUGAUGCUCUCAAUGCCUACAUGGAGACUCCCCUGGCCUGUGCAGCCUAUUGGGCCCUGCACUAUAAGGAUCAGAUAUACAGCCCGGAUCACCACCUCAUCUGUCGGAUGCUCUUAGACUAUAAAGCUGAAGUGAACGCUCGUGAUGAGGAUUUCAAAUCCCCACUCCACAAAGCUGCCUGGAACUGUGAUCACGUCCUGCUGCACAUGCUGCUGGAGGCAGGAGCAGAAGCAAAUGUCAUGGAUGUCAACGGCUGUGCACCCCUACAGUAUAUCAUAAAAGUGACAUCUGUGCGGCCAGCUGCCCAGCCUGACAUCUGCUACCAGCUGCUACUGAAUCAUGGAGCAGCUAGGAUAUAUCCUCUGCAAUUCCAUAAGGUGCUACAAGCCUGUCAUUCCCACCCAAGAGCUGUGGAGGUUGUUGUCAACACCUACAAACACAUCAAAUCAACAUCUAAGUGGAAAGCAGCCAUACCUGAUGACGUCUUUGAGCGGCACCAGGAUUUCUAUGACUCUUUGUUCACUGUGUGCAGCAAUUCACCACGGUCACUCAUGCAUUUAUGCAGAUGUGCUAUUCGGGCGAUAUUGUCAGAAAGGUGUCACCGAGGAGUCCCCUUGCUCUCCAUCCCCCUGUCCAUGAAGAAGUACUUGCUGCUGGAACCAGAAGGAAUCAUCUACUGAGCUGCAGUGGAGUGGGCACCGGCUUCUCCCUCCCUGGAUCCACACACCUCGGCGGGGUGCUGGAGAUCCAGGCACAACCAUGACACAGCCCUUCACUUUCGUACAGCGGCAGGCCAGCCUGAAGCUGGGCUGGGGUUUACUGGCUCUCCUCCGAGCCGCUGUCUCUCCCUGCACUGAAGAAUCACAGCUGCAGGCUGCGGGUUGUGCUGGGGGAGGCAGGGCUGGAAAGGCCCCCCGCUCCAAACAAACACAGGAGCUCGUACUUCCAUGCUUUGUUCAGCCUAGCUUAAAGGAUGCCGCUGCUUCCUUUGGUAUUUAUUCCACUGCCUGCUAGAUAGCAUUAGAUUCAAUCUGAACAACCUUUGAUACUGUUUCACUGUAAUUUUCUUCAGCUGUCAUUUUGGGAGUAAAAGAAAGGAUACUGUUGAAAAACAGGACAUUUAUUAGAGUCACAGAAAUGCUUUCCCAGAAAGACAUGGGCAAACUGCUUUGAAUUGUGACCACAGACAGGAUUUUAGUAGUUUCCAUAUUUUCCUGUGUAUUGACUCUCAAUUCAAUGUUAGUUUGCUGUUCACUACACCUGUCUGUAUCUUAUAAAGCUUUGUCAUAAUAAUAUCCUUUGUAAUUGUAAGAAUUUUUUCCAUUAUCAGUCAUAGUAUGUGAACAGGAUUGAAAUCUGCAGCACUGAAA